CGUGAGUCACGUGGGACGAACCCACGUGAUCGGAGGCCCGGUUCCAACAUGGCGGCCUCCACGGGUCGCCGGCUUCUCUUCCUCCUUGGGCUGCUCGGCUUCCUCCGAGAGGCGACCAGCGGCGUCGACUGGGGGGUCUCCCGCGACGACGACUUGCUGUUGCCCUACCCCCGCGCACGCGCGCGCUCCGCCAGGGACUGCUCAAGGGUGCGCGCCGGCAGCCUUGAGCACGAAAGCUGGCCACCUACCCCGGCGACCCCCGGCACCCGGGGUCCGGCGGUACGCACCUUCGUGUCGCACUUCGCGGACCGCGCGGUGUCUGGCCACCUGACGCGAGUGGCAGAGCCCCUGCGCACCUUCUCGGUGCUGGAGCCCGGUGGGCCCGGCGGCUGCGCUUCGAGGCGCCGCGCCACCGUGGAGGAAACGGCGCGGGCGGCCGGCUGCAGAGUCGCCCAGAACGGCGGCUUCUUCCGCACGGACUCGGGCGAGUGCCUGGGAAACGUGGUGAGCGACGGGCGCCGGGUGAGCAGCGCCGGGGGGCUGCAGAACGCGCAGUUCGGGAUCCGCCGCGACGGGACCCUGGUCACCGGGUACCUGUCUGAGGAGGAGGUGCUGGACAAUGAGAAUCCAUUUGUGCAGCUGCUGAGUGGGGUCGUGUGGCUGAUCCGCAAUGGAAGUGUGUACAUCAGCGAAAGCCAGGCGGCCGAGUGUGAUGAGACGCAGGAGACAGGUUCCUUUAGCAAAUUUGUGAAUGUGAUAUCAGCCAGGACAGCUGUGGGACAUGACCGGAAAGGGCAGCUGGUGCUCUUCCACACAGAUGGGCAGACGGAGCAGCGGGGCAUUAACCUGUGGGAGAUGGCAGAGUUCUUGCUGAAACAGGACGUGGUCAACGCCAUCAACCUGGAUGGAGGGGGCUCCGCCACCUUCGUGCUCAAUGGUACCUUGGCCAGUUACCCAUCAGAUCACUGCCAGGACAACAUGUGGCGCUGUCCACGCCAUGUGUCUACUGUGGUGUGUGUGCAUGAGCCCCGCUGCCAGCCACCUGACUGCAGUGGCCACAGGACCUGUGUGGAGGGGCGAUGCCAGUGCACGGGGCACUUCUGGCAGGGCGUGGCCUGCAACGAGCUGGACUGUGGCCCCACCAACUGCAGCCAGCACGGGUUUUGCACAGAGACUGGCUGCCGCUGUGAAGCUGGAUGGACAGGGUCCAACUGCAGUGAAGCUUGCAGCAACGGCUCCUUCGGGGAGGACUGUGCCAUGAAGUGCGGGUGUCAGAAUGGAGCUGCCUGUGACCCGGUCCGGGGGACCUGCACCUGUCCUCCUGGUUUCACUGGGGACACCUGUGAGCAUGUGAAGCAGUGUCUCCCGUCAUCCGCGACCACCCUGAGAACAGGAGAACUCUCCCUUCUCACUGGGACCACCUGGCUGGCCCUCACCCUGGCCCUAGUUUUCCUUCUGCUGAUCAGCACGGUGGCGAAUGUGUACUUGCUCCUCGGCUCAAGAGCGGAGCAGAGCCGGCACCUGGAUGGGGCCUACGUUUACCACCCGCUGCAGGAGAUGAAUGCGGAGCUCCUGGCCGCGGAGAAGGAGCAGCCGGGUGAUGCCCACAACCCCUUUAAGGACUGAAGCCUCCAGCUUCCCGUCGUGGCCUGCUCUGAAGGCUCAUUUCGACACGGUCUGAUUUCUGCAAGGGAAAUUUCAAGUCCGCUGACCGUCUGGGUGAUCUCAGCCCCGGUGCCAAGCCAAGCUUCUGAUAGCACCUGUGCCUCAGCCCCUCACCUGGCCCUGGGCCCUCACCUGGUCACCUGCCGUGACACAUGCAACCUAGCAAUACCGUACUCCCCAGAGAGAGACUCCUUCCCUGCCUGCCUGUGUCUGCUGCCUGUGACGCCUGUCCUCCGAGGGCCUGCUCUGCUGGCAAAGAGCCUCUAGCCUCCUGAGGCAGAGGCUGCUAGCAAUGGAACGACCGUGACCGCACCGUGACUGAGUGGCAGGGUCCAGCCAACCCCCCUGGACAGGGAUGGAUUACAGAGACGAUGGCCACGUCAUGGGACCCUUUUCUACAGACCUCAUCACAGAAUUUGCCAAUUUGAAUUCUACUUUCUGUCACAGGAAGCUCCUUAGAAGGGGCGGGGGGUGAAAUCAUGUUUACAAGCUUUCUAUUUUGGUAUCCUGCCACCAAGAGAGGUUUUUUAUCGCUUGAAUAAAUUGAUGUAAUAAAAGGAUUCCCCGGGGGGCAUCUAAAGCCUGACUUGUCUGGGGCGCCUGGGUGGCACAGCGGUUAAGCGUCUGCCUUCGGCUCAGGGCGUGAUCCCGGCGUUAUGGGAUCGAGCCCCACAUCGGGCUCCUCUGCUAUGAGCCUGCUUCUUCCUCUCCCACUCCCCCUGCUUGUGUUC